GCGACGUUCUAGAUAUUCGCCCCCCGUGCAAAUAGACGAUCCUUGCUCAAUAAUUCCUUUGCUCUCUUUUUGAUCGUCCUGUCCCUGACAUCUAUCCUCCUAUCGAAGUACCCCUCAAUUCCCCCCCCUUUACUCGGCGCUUUCGUCCACUUUCACUAUGGUCGAUAGUAAAGUCCCGCAGCCAGGACCGGCCAAAUUAAAGCGCAAUGCCGGUCCCGAUGAAUGGUUAGAGGCUGCGAAAGAUUGCAAGUAUCUCUCAGAGCAGCAUAUGAAACAACUGUGUGAGAUUGUGAAGGAGUACAUGAUGGAAGAAUCGAACGUACAACCGGUAUCGACGCCCGUCACAGUCUGCGGAGAUAUCCAUGGCCAAUUCUAUGAUCUACUGGAGCUGUUCCGCGUGUCGGGCGGCAUGCCAGACGAGUCUAUGGUCGAACCCCCGAAAACAUCACCGCCUGUGAUCACCUCAGCUGAUAUCGAGCCUCCCUCGGAAAUCACGGACCCCAAGCUGCGGAAAAAGUUGAGAAACUCUGGAUCUCAUUCGGAAGGCGGCGACGAAACAAGCUCACAGAGAGAACGCUCUUCAAGUGCCGGAACGAACGAGGUGACGCUGAACCGGAAUUUCGUCUUUUUGGGAGAUUAUGUCGACCGAGGAUACUUUAGUCUGGAGACUUUGACAUUAUUACUAUGCUUGAAGGCCAAGUAUCCGGAUCGAGUAACGCUGGUGCGCGGGAAUCACGAGUCCCGACAGAUCACGCAAGUCUACGGCUUCUACGAAGAGUGUUUUCAGAAGUACGGCAAUGCAUCGGUCUGGAAAGCCUGUUGUCAGGUCUUUGACUUCAUGACACUUGGGGCCAUCAUUGAUGGCAGGGUGCUCUGUGUACAUGGUGGCCUGAGCCCGGAAAUCAGGACCUUGGACCAAGUUCGUGUAGUGGCAAGAGCUCAAGAGAUUCCGCAUGAGGGUGCUUUCUGCGACCUGGUCUGGUCCGACCCCGAUGAUGUAGAGACAUGGGCAGUCAGCCCAAGAGGCGCUGGUUGGCUAUUUGGGGAUAAGGUAGCAGAUGAGUUCUGUCACGUCAAUGAUCUGACACUAAUCGCCCGUGCGCACCAAUUGGUGAAUGAGGGAUACAAGUACCACUUUGCGAACCAAAACGUGGUGACGGUGUGGAGUGCGCCUAACUACUGCUACCGAUGUGGCAACCUGGCAUCGGUCUGUGAGAUUGGUGAGGAUCUCAAACCGACAUUCAAGCUAUUUAGUGCGGUCAGCGAUGACCAACGGCAUGUGCCCACAUCGCGGCCAGGCCGUAGCGAGUACUUCCUGUAAAUUAUUGCAUGACUUGAUUUUCGUUUAACAGUUUUCUUUUUGGGCAUACGGAAGGGCAUACUGUGAUAUGGUGAAUAUUCGAUUCACACCCGGCGCUGGCGUUCGGAGAUACCGUUCAUGUGAUAUGCUCUGCAGAGAGUGACGGAUGAUAGGCACGUUAUAUAACGAUAUUAGAGCACAAUUAACGAUGGUCAUGCUUGGAAGCUAGGACGCAUAUUGGAUGUU